GAAGUCGCAUUUCACGACGCACAUUUGAUAGAUAGUCCAGACGAGCUACCACAUUCAUCACCUCGAGGACGUGGUGCCCCUCAUCUCCACCGAUGGGCAGUCAUCAUUCACACGAAUCUGAACCUGACUGGGCUGCGAUCGAGCAGGCCAAAAGGGAACGCCAGGCAGCAGAGGAGCGACAGAGGCAAGCUGAAGAGGCUGCACGUCAUGCGAGGGAAGCAGCUGAACGUGCCGCCCGCGAGGCAGAGGAACGGCGACAAAGGGAACGUGAAGCCCAACUUGCCGCUGAGCGAGCUGCUCAGGCUGCCCGAGAGGAAGCUGAGCGGAUGCGUCGAUGGAGAGAAGAAGCCGAGCGAGCCGAGCGCAAAGCUCGCGAGGAGGCGGAGGCUCGUGCUCGCGAAGAGCGAGCGCGUGCUGAGAGGAUUGCGCGAGAAAUGGAGGAAGAACGUCAAAGAUUGCAGGCUGCUGCAGAGGCUAAGAGGCUUGCUGCUAUCGCAGCUCGGGAGGAAGAGGCUAGACGUCAGAGGGCCAUAGAGGAAGAAGCCCAACGUGCCAGGAAGGCUCAAGAAGAAGCUGAACAACAAGCCCGGGAGGCUGCUGAAGCCGCGAGAAAGGCUCAGGCGGAGCGAGAAGAAGUGGAAAGACAGUUGAAAAAAGGCAUUCAGCCUGUGGUUAUGCCUAGCGUGGAGGAGAUACGGCUCGCCAAGGCCAAGGUGCAGUACGAGGAGUGCAUUUUUCACUUCGCAGUUGCUGGCAUCGCUGGUAGCGGGAAGUCCUCUCUGAUCAACGCCCUCUGUGGCAUGAGUAACCGCGAUUCCAAUGCAGCCCCCACCGGCGUCAACGAGACCACUUUGGAUAUUGCAAGAUACAUCGACAGUGCACACAGCAAGCAAUUUGCUUGGUACGACGUUCCCGGUUCUGGCACGUUAACGAUCCCCGAUUGGCAGUAUUUCAACUUUCAAGGCCUCUAUGUCUUUGAUUGCAUCCUCGUGCUCUUCAACAACCGCUUCACGAUGACCGACCAGGCGAUACUCGCCAACUGUCGCCGUUUUAAUAUCCCCACCUUCAUUAUCCGUUCUAAGUCUGACCAACAUAUCCUCAACCUCAUGAAGGACAUGGGCUAUGACCCUGACGAGGAGGACACAGAUAGUCGAGCGCAAUUUUAUAAGGUUGCCCGUGAAAAGUAUAUAUCCGAGACACGCCAAAGCGUCAAGAACAACUUGGCUGAGGCAAACCUCCCCGACCAACGAGUAUACAUUGUGUCUAACAAGACUCUUUCUGGGGUUGUCAAGGAUAAGGGGCCGAAGAGAAUCAUCGACGAAGUCGAGCUGCUCACCGACUUAUACAACGAGGCUUACCGCAGUGGCAAGUUCACCUGAACCUGCCACGAGUUUUUUUAUCGUCUGCUAUGUAAAGUAUCUGACACCAUAGUCUCGUGCUUUUGCUGUUCCAAGUCCAUUAUACGUUCGGAUUGGGACUCCGUCUGACGUUUCUAUUGUAUCUGUUUUCCAACUUUGUAAUCCCUGACACCUGUAGAUUGCGGCACAUAGACCAAAUGCUCAUUUGUCGCCUUGGGUUC